UUACGACGCGAAACGUUUGUCUGGUGAUUUUUGCUUUGGCAAAAAAAAUUGAACAAUGAGUUUACUUGAAAUUUUGUGUUUCCAAUGGAAUUACGGCUACGCAGUCUUUGAAAAUGUUACAGAAGUGUUAUGGGGAGUAUACCCUAUCGAGAACUCAAGUAUUUGAGUGGCAUAAAGCAUUCAGUGAGGGUCGUGAAGUCGUAGAAAACUUGCCUCAUGUGAGUCGUUCAUCCACCUCCGUUAAUGACGAUAAUAUUGAAAAAGUGAAGGAAAUCGUACUUGGAAAUCGUCGGGUUGGCAUUAGAGAGAUAACAGAGAUAACAGAGGCUUUCAACAUUACUUAUGGAUCGACUCAACACAUUGUGGUUGAUGUUUUGGCCAAACAUGAAACAAAAGUCAUUGCUCAGCUAUCGUACUCGCCAGAUUUAGCUUCCUGUGACUUUUUUCUGUUUUCGAAACUCAAAUAUCCACUUCGGGGAACAUGCCAUGAGUCGAUUGAGACCAUAAAUAGAAAUUCGCUGAAGGAGCUAAAGGCCAUCCCGGUCGAGGCCUAUAAGAAGUGUAUGAAAAAUUGGAUUAACCGUUGGCAUGCUUGUAUUGGCUCAAAAGGAGCCUAUUUUGAAGGCGAUAAUAAAGAUUUAUAUUUAAAAAAAAAAACAACAUUUUUAUAUAUUUUAACUAGUCCGGGUCAAAUUUGAUCAGAUGGUAGGUGGUAUAUUUUGACGGAUGGAUCGAGAUGCGUGCCGAGCGACUGUGAUGAGUGACUGUUUAGGUUAUAGGUUCGAAUGUCGUGAGAAUGUUUCUUCGGUUGGUUCGAAUGUUACUAAGAGUGAAUGCAUUUGUUUAAACAGAGUGAAAGAGAUACGUGAAUUGAAGUGAGAAAGGUUUUCGUAAGUAUGCUUGAGAGAACGAAUGUCUAGUUCGUAAGAUUUAGUUCUGACAGAAUCUCGGCAAGGGCAGACCGCGGGAUACGCGUCUGCCGAAAUAAAGAUCAAUCUUUUUGUUAUCCGACUCCCAAUCAAUCAUCACCUUACCCACAAACCUAAACACGGAAACAACCAACACAACUACGGACACCCACACAGAAUCCACCCCAGAAACAUCCAAAUACAAACCACCUCCCAUUUACAUUAACAUCCACAAAAGAGACUACUUCCAAUUCCUAAACAUCUGAAAACAUACAUAUGGCGAUGAGGUACAAGCCAAGUACCUCGGAAACCAACUUAAAAUACACUUCAAAAACAUUUCCAACUACAAUUCAUUCGAAGAAUUCUGUAACCAGAAGCAAAUAGAAUAUCACACCUUCUCCCUCCCAAA